AUGUCAGUCUCCACUGUGUAUUCACAACAGUACCACGAUGCUUGCGUGUGCAUUCCUCUGCUUGCAAACAAAGCGCAGUGCAUCCAGGUUCUACUUGGCAGUUUUUAUCUGUUACUGUUGCAUGAUUCUAAAUGGCCCAUCUCACUCUGCUACAGGGUCAUAGUGGACCUGUUAAAGAUGAACGUUGCUCCUCUGGCAGUCUUUCAGACCCUAAAGACCAUGUGUGCGGGACAGAAAGUCUCUGAAACAUCCACCGGUGACACAUCCACAGCGUCCCACACUGCCACUGCGCCUUCUGAGUCUAGAGAAGAGGAGGGUGUGGUCUCAGGAAAGAGCUCUAAAACUGCAGCCCCUCCCUCUGCAUCUGUAUCCCGCCCACCUAGGGGAGGGGCUAAGAUAGUGGUCUACAGUGCGGGUGACACGAGUGCUCCUGUAUCUCAAGUACGCAGUAAAACAAGUUCAGGGCAAGGGGAGAAAUCGGCAAGAGAUGGUUCUAGCCAGCGAGUGCCACGGCAGGUCAGUGCCACCAGGGGACAGAAGAGCGCCAAGAGCUCAGGCAGCAGCAGCUCAUCAUCUCAGCUCACCUCCAACUGAAGUUCUUCAUGAGUUAAACAACACAUACCAAACUUGCUUGAAUUAAACUCAGUUUUUCUGUUGAUUAAUGUUCCUGUAGAAUUGG